AUGCCGAUCCCAGCUGAGUGUACCAUUGAAAAUAAUGACCUCACCUCCAGUAACAACCUCAUCUCCAGUAAUGACCACAUCUCCAGUAAUGACCUCACCUCCAGUAACGACCUCAUCUCCAGUAAUGACCUCAUCUCCAGUAAUGACCCCACCUCCAGUAAUGACCCCACCUCCAGUAGCGACCACAUCUCCAGUAAUGACCUCACCUCCAGUAACGACCUCAUCUCCAGUAAUGACCUCAUCUCCAGUAAUGACCCCACCUCCAGUAAUGACCCCACCUCCAGUAACGACCUCACCUCCAGUAAUGACCUCACCUCUAGUAAUGACCUCACCUCCAGUAACAACCUCACCUCCAGUAAUGACCUCACCUUCAGUAACAACCUCAUCUCCAGUAAUGACCACAUCUCCAGUAACAAUCUCACCUCCAGUAACGACCACACCUCCAGUAAUAACCUCACCUCCAGUAAUGACCUCACCUCCAGUAACAACCUCAUCUCCAGUAAUGACCACACCUCCAGUAAUGACCCAACCUCCAGUAACGACCUCACCUCCAUAUCCAACUUCACCUCAAGUAUAUACCGACCUCCAGUAUCCACCAUCACCUCCAGUAUCUACCGACCUCCAGUAUAUACCGACCUCCAGUAUCCACCAUCACCUCCAGUGUCCACCAUCACCUCCAGUAUAUACCGACCUCCAGUAUCCACCAUCACCUCCAGUAUCCACCAUCACCUCCAGUAUCCACCAUCACCUUCAGUAUCCACCAUCACCUCCAGUAUCCACCAUCACCUUCAGUAUCCACCAUCACCUCCAGUGUCCAACAUCACCUCCAGUAUCCACCAUCACCUCCAGUAUCCAACAUCACCUCCAGUGUCCACCAUCACCUCCAGUAUUCACCAUCACCUCCCGUAUCCAACAUCACCUCCAGUAUCCACCAUCUUUUCCUUUACCAGUAUCCACACACACAUGGCACCAGUAUAUAGUUGA